AUGAACCACUUUCCGGGAACCUGGGGCCGCCCCAGGGACGAUGUCUACGGAGCGUACAACCCUUCAUAUCUCCAGACCACGGGCCCCAAGACACAUACCUCCUCACCGGCGGUGACAGGAACGUCGGUUGUGGGUGUGAAGUUUAAUGGCGGUGUCGCUCUGGCCACCGACAACCUGGCCUCGUACGGAUCCCUCGCCCGUUUCACCGACGUUAAGCGGCUGCGUAUCUUUGGCGACAAGGCCGUCGUCGGGUUUGGCGGCGAUGUGUCCGACAUGCAAUACAUCGACCGUCUCCUCGAAUCCAUCGAUAUCCGCGAGAACUACUCGUCCCAUGGCAACAUGCUCAACGCUAAGAAUCUGCACACCUACCUCGCCAAGGUCUUCUACAAGCGACGCUCCGAGUUCAACCCGCUCUGGAACCACAUCCUGGUCGCCGGCUUCGACGGCGAGGGCAAGCCGUUCCUCAGCUCCGCCGAUCUGUUGGGCACGACAUUUUCGGCACCGCACCUGGCCACCGGAUUCGGUGCCCACCUGGCGGUUCCCAUCCUGCGCCGGCUGUUCCCUGACGAGAUGCCAAUUGAGAAUGUCAGCCGGGAGGAUGCGGUGAAUGCCCUGAAGCAGUGUCUGAAGGUCCUGUACUACCGCGACGCCCGGAGUUUGGACAAGUACUCGAUCGCGGUAAUCACCGAGGAGGGGAUCGAUCUGAAGGAGGAUGAACAACUCGAGAACCAGAGCUGGGCCUUCGCUGAGAGGAUCAAGGGAUACGGAGCCCAGACGGUCUAG